AUGGCUGCUAGCCCAUUCAUUCCGACCAUUGACGCCAGGGUCACAGCUUCUGUCAACGUGGAGAAUCUUGCGACCAGACUGCCCGAGAUUGGCUCCUUAAAGCCCCCUUCCGAUCAAGGCAACUUGCCUUGGAUUCAAUGGAACGACAUCCUUACUGAAUCCGACUCCUCGGCCGACCAGUUGCGAGCUUGGAUGGUUUACUUAGUCUAUUUGAGAGAGGCUAUACAUUGGGAUGCCAACGACCACCAGGAGAUGAGACAGUAUUUGGCCGUCAGACGACUAUACCAGUUGAAGGGCCUGAACCGCCUGGCGCCCAGCCGUACUCAACAAUACUGCGUUGCAAACGCCAAGGAAGAGAACUUCACUCUAUCUAUUGGUCAUUUACUAAAGACACUCUUCCCUAAGCACCCAGUGAUUGAAUUCUGGGCGCUUCACCGUCGUGUUUACCCUGGAGUUCCUGCAGGUGUAUCCCGAACAAAAGAAUCAGCGGAGGUGACUGGGGGAGCCGCAAACCCGAUAGAAUUGGGAUUUGAUGGCCUCGAUACCGAAACCAGCCUGGCUUCAAGAUCUCAAGAUAUCGGAAUAGAUUCGUAUCUCAAUGAGAUCCCGACUCAUCUCAUGAGCGAGCAAACUGCUUCCUGCGGCUCAUAUCCUACCCCCAUUUCAAUGAACUCAUACCAACACGUCGAAGACUCCAACCCACUUACCUGUGGUAUGACAUGGAGGGUUGGCGAGGCAGAAAGGAAAAUCGACAUCACAACCUUGGAUGUGACGAUGACUGGGCCUAAUCACAUACCUGGCGGAUCACCCCCGCUGCAGCAGCAGAAACAGCACAAAGUCAUUGCCUUGCCAGUGGGAACGGGGAGCCGGACUAAAGCAAUUCUGAAACACCCUCUUGUGGAAUUCCUUCUGUUUCAAACCGCCUCGCUCAAGUGGGAAGUUCGUGAGCUGCAAGCGAACGAUGAAACUGCCGAUGGGGGAGUUGUCAAGCUUCGGAGGGAAUCCGAUGGGUCAAGUGUCAGGCGAUGUGAACAUGGAAGCAUCAUUAGCAAAGUGAGGGCAGCUUUGGCCUACAUCUGA